AUUCUCAUGGGCAUUUGGAUGGUGGCGUUGAUUCUGGAAGUCGCCACUCUGAAGCCACAUAUAUGUUUCAUUCCUACGUAUACGAUAUUCCACUAUCCUCAAACUGGUUUGCCAACAGAAAAAACAAUUUAUAUACUUCCAAUCGUUCUCUAGUGAGAAGCAAAUAUUAAAUAAAAAAAAUGAAGAUUACUACCGCUACGUUUGUAAGCAAAAUCCUAGAACGCUUAACGUCAUUCCACCAUAUGCUGAGAUGUUUGUGCCACUGGUCUCGAGCCAUACUAUCUUCUUUUCUUCGGGCUCUUCUCCUUCGACUGGACCCUUUUUGGCGGCAACUCUGUUACUUUGUUUCCCUAUUCAUGUUAGGGUACUUCGUUUUGUCCAUUUUGGAGCCACGGAAUCCUAUGAAUCGCCCAAAAAGCUAUGAUCUUCUUUUCACCGCUGUCUCAGCAGUGACUGUAUCUAGCAUGGCCACAGUUGAGAUGGAGGUUUUCUCGAAUACCCAACUCUUUUCCUUGGCAAUUCUCAUGCUAUUGGGAGGAGAAGUUUUCACCUCAAUGCUUGAACUUCAAAUCCAGAAAGUUAAGUUGUCAGAGAAGAUGAAGAACAGAUCCAACACUUCAAAUACCGAUAUACACUUAAAGUACAACUCAAUGAAGUUUUUAGGGGUUAUCGUGGUAAGUUACUUCGUUGCUUUUCAAAUAAGUGGAUUUCUUCUCGUUUCUUUGUAUGUAGGCCUUGUUACAUCUGCAAAAGAAGUGCUCGUAAAAAAGAAUCUUAAUAUACAAGUAUUCUCAAUUGUUACAACCAUCUCUACUUUCUCCAACUGCGGAUAUCUUCCAACAAAUGAAAGCAUGAUGGUUUUCAAGAAAAACUUAGGCCUGCUUGUGAUUCUAAUCCCACUAAGUCUUCUUGGAAACACAUUGUACCCUGUGUUCCUCAGACUUUUACUAUUGUUUUUCGGGAAAAUAAAUAGUAGAGAGGAACUGAAGUAUGUUUUAGAUAAUGAAGCCGAGUUGGGGUAUUACCAUUUGUUAUCAGGGGUGCAUUGCUGGUAUCUUGCUCUAACAUCUAUUGGGUUCAUAGUGAUUCAGUUUGUGCUUUUAAUCUCUAUUGGCUGGAAAUCUCAAGCCAUGGAUGGAUUGAAUCCUUCCGAAAAAGUAAUAGGCUCUUUGUUUCAAGUUGUGAAUACCAGGCACGCAGGCGAAUCGGUGUUUGAUCUUUCCCUCAUCUCUCCAGCAAUCAUUGUUCUAAUUAUCACGAUGAUGUACCUUCCAGCAUAUACAUAUUUCUUACCAAGAGAAGAUAAACACAAUUUACCCAUAACUGCCGUUAAUCACAUUAAGGAACAUAAGAAGAGUUCAAUUGGCUUCUUGCUACUCUCACCACUUCCGAUUUUAGUAAUUAUUAUUAUGCUUAUCUGCAUUACAGAAAGCGAUAAUAUGCAGAAAGACCCUUUGAAUUUCAGUGUACUGAACAUCAUUUUCGAAGUCAUUAGUGCUUAUGGAAAUGUGGGGUUCUCAUUGGGCUAUAGUUGCAAAAGACAACUUCAACCUCGUGGAGACUGCAUAGAUUCAUGGUACGGGUUUUCUGGAAGAUGGAGUAAUAUUAGCAAACUAAUUCUUAUUUUGGCAAUGAUUUUUGGAAGACUUAGAAAGUUUUACAAAAGAGGAGGUAAAGUAUGGAAGCUAUCUCAACGUUAGUAUUAAUAAAGUUUGUUGAAAUCCGUUGUGGAUGGAACUAGUGUAUUUUCUGUUUUAAUGUUUUGUUAUGUCAUAAGUCCGUUGAAAUGUAGUUCUACACCUGAGUAUUUCCACCCAUUAAUGUGAAAAGAAAAGUAAAUGUA